AUGUUCCCAUGGUUAGCUUAUAGUAAAUGCAAAGAAGGGGCUUAUUGUAAAUAUUGUAUAGUUUUUGCGUUUUCUGGAGGUGGUGUUGGCCAUCAAAAACUUGGAAAACUAGUUAAGUACCCUAUGGUGAAGUAUAAAGAUGCAUUGAAAGAAUUACAAAAUCAUCAAAAUAAUGACUACCAUCGUUUGUCCACACAAAGGGCCAAUGACUUUUUAAUUAAUUUUGAAAAUACAAAUAAUAAGUCAGUAAAUGUGCUUCUAGAUAAACAUAAACAACAAACAAUUGAAUACAACCGUAAGAGAUUGAUGCCAAUAGUUAAAACUAUACUAUUUUGUGCUCGACAUAAUAUUCCAUUACGUGGGCACCGGGAAAUGGGUUCCAUGGCAUCAGGUAAUGUCMGAGACUUUUGUUUAAAUGGUGAGCAAGGAGUGUUUCGUGGUCUUCUUGCUUUUAGAAUUGAAUGUGGUGAUACUGAUUUAUUGAAUCAUUUGGAAACAGCACCUAAAAACUGUACAAUGAUAAGUCCUCAGAUUCAAAAUGAAGUAAUUGAAGCCAUUGGCAGUAUAAAGGGACAGGACCAGUUUGGACCAAUUUUCCUAACACACAACUCGUUUGGACCAAUUUUGAAGACCCGUUUGGACUAA